AUGGUGCGGGCGGGGGUGCAACCCCGCCGAAACAACGAUCGCACGGGCGAUCCCAAUGGGGCCGCGGCAGGCGGGCUGGCGAGUGAGCGGGCGUACGGGCAGCGCGCCGAGGCCGCGGCGGCGCCGCCGCCGCCUGGGAGGGAGCCCGGGCGGUGGCCUGCUGCGGCCCGAGGGCCGCCUGGCCGCACUGCACUGCACCGCGCCCGCGCGGCUCGCGCGGCGGCCGGCCAGGCUCGCGCGUCGCCUGUUAGGGCUCGGCUGCGCGGCCGCCUUCGCACGCGCGCCGGCUCGCGCAGGGGUUGGCGGCAAAAGCGAAAGCGACGGCCGCAGGCGGCGGCCGGCCCGCAAUACGGGGCUUUCAACAAUAUAUUUCAGUCCAACGCUGGCACACCCUUCGCAGACCUCAUCAAUGCAGCCCUGGGGCCCGGCUCGACGGCCGCAACCGCCGGGCCGAGGGCGCCCGGCGGGGCGCGGCCGCCUGCUCUUGGGCGCUGGUAA